GAUAUACAGGCUACGCAGGCAAAGGAAAACAACAACAACAACGACUCUGCUAGAAAAUGCAUUAAGAAAUUGUUUGCGUUUAGCCUAAUAAUUUAUUUAACCUAGUUAAAAAGAUAGUCAAACCCAAAGCACAAUAUAAGUAUGACAUCUGCAACGGUAAGAAAUGUGCCACUGCUGGACGAUGACACGAUACCCUUUGGCGAGGAGGACGAGAUGCGCGAUCCCGGUGUUGCAGCCAAGAAAUACACGCAUCCGUAUGUUACCUUCUUCCAUUUGUUCUUCCGUGGAGCUGCCAUUGCCAUUUACAUGUUCUGCGGCUGGUUUAGCGAGUCCUUCAUCACAAGUUUCGUAUUCGUGGUGCUCUUCCUAUCGGCGGACUUCUGGACUGUGAAGAAUAUAUCCGGUAGACUAUUAGUCGGUCUGCGGUGGUGGAACUACGUCGACGACGACGGCAAAUCGCAUUGGGUCUUCGAGUCGAAAAAUUCUGAAUCCUACCAGAGCCGCAUCAACAAGCAUGAGCAGCGCAUUUUCUGGCUGGGACUGAUACUGUGCCCGGUGUUCUGGAGCCUCUUCUUUCUGGUGGCACUAUUUAGUUUAAAGUUCAAAUGGUUGCUUCUAGUUAUGAUUGCCAUAGCUCUGAAUGCCGCCAAUCUCUAUGGAUACAUCAAAUGCAGCUAUGGCACUGGCAAGGAUUUGAAUAGUGCUGCCACAGACUUUGUAAAGACACAGCUCUUCAAGAAUGCCGUCGACAUGAUGACAAAGCAAAGUGCAGCAGCUCCACCACCAACUAAUGUGCGUCCAACGGGUGUUGUUUAAACAUCAGGAAGGAAUGCUGCCUGCCUGCCUGCCCGCCCGUCUGCCUAACACGAAAACAAAAGUCAGCUUGCCAAACAUUUAGCUGCAGCGCAUUCCAAAGAGUAUUUGAUGCUAACAUUAGGACAAGAUCUGAAUGACAGGGUGUGGAGGUGUCGUCCUCGUCGUCGGCCUGUCAUCAUAACUAUCUGUGUAACAUAUGUAAAACUUAAUUUAGCCAUACUGCAAUCUAUCAUAAAUUUUCUUACUCUUACGUUAAUAAAACUACGUGCAUACUUAUGUGUGUGUGAACUGGACAGUUAAA